AUGACUAUACGUAUCGUUCAUAUCAGUAAUGAUGGCAUUUCUGACUCAACGGCCGUCGACUCAAUCGUGUAUUGCAGUCAUGGAAACAAUGAGAAGAUUUGCUGCAACAGAGACGGCAAACCGGUGUCUCAGACCGUCAACUGGUCUCACUGUCACUCUAUGGACAAUAGCGGCGAUACAGUGGACCGCAGCGCCCGACGCAAGCUCUGGACGGCCAGCGUCUUGUGUCUCAUAUUUAUGGUGAUCGAAGUGGUGGGCGGACUACUGGCCAACAGUCUGGCCAUCGCUACAGACGCGGCCCAUUUGCUCACAGAUUUCGCCAGUUUUAUGAUAAGGUACGGCUUAUCUCUCGUCAAUCACAUGAUAAUUAUCUGCAUCUCUGUGUCCCCUAAGGCUGCGUUCAUCCACGUGUUGGGCGACUUCUUCCAGAGUCUGGGCGUUUUGGUGGCCGCUCUCAUCAUAUACUUCAUACCCGAGUGGGGUAUCGUUGACCCCAUCUGUACUUUCACCCGAAAGGCCAGCACUCAUAUGAGCUUCGGGUGGCACAGGGCUGAGGUGAUCGGCGCACUCACCUCUGUCCUCAUGAUAUGGGUGGUCACCGGUAUCCUGUGUUUUAUGGCCGUCGAGCGUAUUAUGAGUCAAAAGUAUGAGAUCGAGGCUGAGAUUAUGGUCAUCACCGCAUCCGUCGGAGUCAUCGUCAACAUUAUUAUGGGAAUUUCUCUAUCGGCCGGCGUCACGGGCACAGCCAUGGAGGGGGCGGCUGCGUUCAUCCACGUGUUGGGCGACUUCUUCCAGAGUCUGGGCGUUUUGGUGGCCGCUCUCAUCAUAUACUUCAUACCCGAGUGGGGUAUCGUUGACCCCAUCUGUACUUUCCUCUUCUCUGUGCUCGUAUUGAUCACAACAUUCAAUAUAAUCAAAGAUGUACUCAAUGUCCUCAUGGAAGGCAAACCCCGUGGCGUGGACUUUGUGGAGGUGCGCAACACUCUGUUCAAUAUCCCGGGUGUCCUCAAAGUGCAUAACUUGAGAAUCUGGUCGUUAAGUCUCGAUAAGACGGCGCUCUCCACACAUCUGGCCAUUGCCAAAGCACAGAAUCCGACAAAAAUCCUGAACAUAGCGUCGCAACAGAUUAAGAGUCGCUUCAAUAUCUAUGAGCUAACCAUUCAAGUGGAGGAAUACAGGGAUGAGAUGAGUGACUGUCAACAGUGCCAAACACCCGACAAAUAGCUCAUCCGUUAGUUAAUUGCCA